AUGAUUAGAUUUGGAAAAUCACCUCAACACAUUUAAAAGAAUCUCAAAAAACCAGAUAAUUUGGAAAUUCUUACUCUGUUAGAUAAUUGCACUUGUAUAUAUUAUUACUCAAUUUAGUAAUCUUUAAAGAUGAUAGAAUAACUUUAAGGAAUAUGGUGAAAGAAGGCAAUCAAGAUGUGAUAGCGAUACUGAAUCAUUAUAAAAAAGGCAAUAAUUAUAAAGAAUUAUCAACUGAUCUGAGAAAAUAUCUUAGAAAAAAAGGAGAUAAAGAAAAUGAAAAAGUUCUCACUUGUUAAUCUCCAAAAUCAAAUUAAAUUUAAAAAGGUUAACAACUUCAAAUUUAGACUUUAUAAAAUAGUCAAAAGAAAUCUUGUCCAGAUUUAUGGAAACCUACUGAGUAACUAUCCCCAAAAACAAUCAAUUUAGGAAAAACUAAUUAAUUUAUCAAUGAUGCUCAAUUUUCAGAAAUUGUACUCUCGGAUAGAAACCAAAACGAAUAAAAAGAUCUCUAUUAAACUAAUGUCUCUUAAUAAUAUGCAUUUAAUCAACCAACUCAUAAUUAAUUAGAUAAUUCUUAAACUAUCUAAUAGAGCAGUUAAUUAUAAAAUAGUUAAUAACAUUUAAUAUAAGAAUAGGAUAUUGAUAUCAAUGAAGAAGAUGAUAUCUAAUCUGAAUCAUCAAAUGAAAGUAUUUUAAAUCAAAUUUCUCAACCUCAACCUUUAAUCUAAGUCGUAACUCCAAAGAAUGAAAUCAAACCUUCUUAAUUAUUUUAAAGUGGACAUUCUACUUAUUUAUAAAUAAAUACUGCUUAAUCUUAUCUUUAACCUAUAUUAGCAAUCUAAGAAAAACAAUUAAACUCAAAUAAAUUGUAAGAAACAGAAAAUAAAAUAUUAGUAAAUGAUUCUCAAAAAUACUACAGUUUUUUCAAUUAUCAAGAUUAUUAAAAAGUAGCAUUACCAUAGUAUAAACAUUUAUUCACUCAUUGGCCUUCAUUAUUACAUAAAUUAGAUCGACCUGAAUUCGUUUAAAAUUUUAGAGUAGUCCCUUAUAUUAAUGCUACUCCUGAACAUAUAUUUACUAUUCUGUUUCCUAAUUCUGGAAGAGUUAAAAUUAGUUAUUUUGCAUUUGAGAAUUAAUUAAAACAAAAUUUACUAUAAAUAGAUAGAGAUUCUCUAUUUAAAGAAUUAGAUAAAGAUUAAGAUGAUUGGAUAAAUUAUAGAGAUACUGGUAUUAUUUUAGAAGGUUUGUGCUUAUAAGUAGAACAACCAAAAAAUUGUGUAAAAGUAAUUUUUGAAACAUUGAAAGCUUAACCAACAAUUCCAAACACUUUAACUUUAUCAGAUCUUGAACAAUUUGAAAAAAAAACAGAUUUUUAAUUUGCAAGAUAGUAUAGAUAUUAUUUAAAUUUUAAGAUUAAUGCAAGAAGUAGAUGGUAAUCAAAAGGGACAUAUUACUUAUUGGGAUUUAUAUAUGCACCGUGACAUAUAUCUUAUGGAAAGAUUAUGUUAAAUAGUUUCAUCAAUUACAGGGGCUACCCAUACACAUUGUUGA